AUGAUGAAUAACACACCGCAGCAAAUCCUCAACAUUGAGGAUGCCCUGGUAUCGGAGGACAACCCUGCGCGCCUCAAUGGCCCCCUUGACUACGAACGCUGUGCGAGGCUACACAACUACCUAGUUGCGUAUGGCUGGAUGGCCCGCCAUGGACAAGAGGCAUCCAAUCUCGAUGAGCUAGCUAGUCAACCAUUUGUUUUGGCGGACGAAAAUAUACAAGGUGUGCGCGAACGACUCCACCCGUCCGUGAAUUCCUUCAUAGGUUCGAUAUUCUCGCCUGAGUCUAGCUUCUUUUACUGGGUGUAUGGUAUCCAAAUGAUGUUGGUCGACGACAUUUUUCCCGAUGAGGAAAAUGAUCUAAACGAUUUGGAACGAUUUGUUGUUAUCUAUGACACUGUGGUUGAUUUGGGCUCACAUUGUGUCGGCGUCGUCUAUGACCAACAGCUCCACCGCGCUGCUUUCCCAACGACGCUAGAAAACCUGGAUAGCGUGCAGCCGAUCCACGAGCAUGAGGAUAUGUGGUUCCCGUUGGAAACGAUCCUUACCAACUGGAUUCAUAUGCUUCGAAUCGGUAAAAUCACGGCCGAUUCGCCAGAGGGCGAGGCGCCCAAAGAACUGGCAAGAUCCCGUUCGCAAAUCGGGCUUUGGUCUUGGCUUCCAUAUUCUACUAGUCAGAUCGAUAGUACUGUGGCCGCGAUAGAUCGGUACUCGGCGGCUAUCGAAGCUAGAAUGCCCUCUAGAUCGCUUUUACCUAUCUCUAGAGAUACGCCGCUUUUCACCGAUGCAGAGCUUGAUGCAGCGUCUAUACCGGAAGAAUGCUUCAUUCGUUCAGUUCUGACGAGAGUGAAGACACCUCGUUUUAAAGCUAUUGCGCCCGGCUUGGAGGUUCCGCAUGACACUAUGGCUUUCAUUGCUCGGCAGAGGUUUACAAGGGUACCUCGCGACCAUGGGGGAUGGGGCGAGAAUAUUCCGCCCGUCCUUCUCUUUGCAGCUGCAGAUAACAGCCGCACAGUCAGUUUCGGGGAGGAGAUUCGAUGGCUUUUCUUUGGGCGAGAUGAUACGGUAUCAUUUAACGGAAAUGAUCUUAUUCCUACAGGACUCUAUAGUGAGUCAGUGUGCCGGUGCGAAUACGAUACCGAGGAGGCUGGCUUCCGUCUACUACUACCUUUCCGAGAUUACAAUGCGAGAAUGAGUGAUGGGACAUCAAUUUCGUUAGGGUCUGUAUCACAGCUCUUUCAGCAUGGUAUUUUCCAUCCAUUUGGUGGUGAAAGGCGGGCUCAGAGAUUGGAGAGGUUGAUAGAUCGAUGGAGAGAAUUAGUAGAAAGUGGUGUUUGGACAGUUGGAAGGGACGGUGUGGAGGGAACAAUUGAUAGAUUCCGUACAAACGCCUGGAUGGAUUAUUGGAUUGCUCCUGAUUGGUGA